AUGGCGUCGUCGCCGCUCAUACGCGCCCCGUCCAAGGCGCCGCGCGCAAGUGAGCCACAGGAUGUGCCGCAGGAUGUGCGUGAGAAGUGGCAGGACGGUACUGUCGCGUCGCUCUCGCUUUUGCCAGUGGCAGCCGUUUCGCCAGACUCGCCCGUGCGGACAGCGCUCGCUGCCUCGCGAGCGCACCGGGGCCAGUGUGUGCUGGUGGUAGAGAACGAGCAACUGCAGGGCUAUGUUGAUAUGGUGGAUCUUGUUGCGCACGAGACGCAGGGGUCGCUUGACGAUGCUGUGCGUGAUAUCCAGCGGCGCUUUGUCCCUGACGCCACAUUUCGCAUCAUACACUCCCACACGCCGCUGGGGGACGUGGCUGCUUUUCUCCAGACGCGGGAUGUGGCGCUCGUGACGGACGACGAGGGCCAAUACAUCACCAACGUGAUUGUGCCUGGCGAUCUCAUGCGCUAUGCUGAUCAUCAGCCCGCCGCGAGGGCGACGAUCGGCAGCCGCCCAGAGGAAGAGACACGGCGGGAUCACGCUAUGGUCGAGAUUCUGCGACAACUGCACGGGUACACGCCCCUGAUCCCUGACGAGGUGACCGACUACUACCUGGAGCGCGCGGGAUUCCAGUGUGAGGAUGUGCGUCUCAAGCGGCUCUUGGCGCUGGCUACGGAAAAGUUUGUGUCGGAUAUAGCGUCGGAUGCGUUCCAGUACGCACGCAUUCGAACGAAUGCGGGGCCCAGUCGCUCUCACCGCCCUGGCGCAUCAGCACGCGAUCGCACGCGCACGGUGCUGACGAUGGACGAUCUGAGUGCGGCGCUCGGAGAGUAUGGGAUCGAUGCGCGACGCGCCGAAACCUUCCGCUAG